AUGCAUCAAACUUCUUAUUUGUGUCAAAUCAUCAUCUUCAUGCUCUCACAAUUCUUCACACUCUCAAAUCAACUAGCAAUACCUCCUCCUUUGCCAAUUCUCCCUUUGCCAUCCUUCUCUCAACUCAAAUGGCAACAAAGGGAACUCAUCAUGUUCUUCCACUUCGGCGUCAACACCUUCACUGACCGUGAAUGGGGCACAGGCGACGAAAAUCCGGCCAUCUUCAACCCCACCUCUCUCGACGCCGACCAAUGGGUCGAAACCGCCGUCCAGGCCGGCGUUUCCCACGUCAUCCUCACCGCGAAACACCACGACGGGUUUUGUCUGUGGCCGUCUAAUUACACCGCCCACUCCGUUGUCAAAAGUCCCUGGAAAAAUGGCCGCGGCGACGUCGUUGGGGAGCUUGUUAACGCCGCUAAGGCUCGCGGCGUCGACGUCGGGCUGUACCUCUCGCCGUGGGAUCGCCAUGAUCGCCGGUAUGGCGUUAACAAAGAGUAUAACGAAUACUAUUUGGGUCAACUACAAGAACUUCUCAACAAUUAUGGGAGUGUGAGAGAGAUAUGGUUUGAUGGAGCUAAGGAUUCGGAUACACCAAACAUGACUUACUACUUCAGUGAUUGGUUCGCCAUGGUGAAGGAGUUGCAGGGAACAAUAAACAUACUUUCCGACGCCGGACCGGACGUGAGGUGGGUCGGAAAUGAGCAAGGAUUCGCCGGAACCACUUGCUGGUCCACCAUUAAUCGGGCCUCACUCUCAAUUGGCAGUAGCACCAUCCUUGAUUAUCUCAACACUGGUGAUCCUAAAGGGACUGAUUGGAUGCCGGCAGAGUGCGAUGUUUCAAUUCGACCCGGGUGGUUUUGGCAUAAAGAUGAAGAGCCAAAGUCUCUUGAUGAGUUGCUUGAAACUUAUUAUAAUUCCGUAGGAAGAAACUGCGUAUUACUACUAAACGUGCCACCAAAUAAAAAAGGGUUGAUAUCUAAAAUCGAUGUGUCACGACUGAAAGAGUUUAGGCAUGCAAUCGACACAAUAUUCUCCACGAAUUUAGCCAAAAAUUGUUCUAUUAAAGCAAGUAGCCGAAGGGGAGGUGCAUUUGGACCCAAGAAAAUGGUAGACAGCGAUCACUUGUGGACGUAUUGGGCACCAAGUGACCAUGAUAGGGGACCUUAUUGGAUUCGGUUAAAUGCAACAAAAAGACCGGUGAAAUUUAACGUUGUUCGAAUUCAAGAAGCGAUUGGACUCGGUCAGAGAAUUGCAGAACACGAAAUUUACGUAGAUGGAACAAAGAUUGUAAGUGGUACUACGAUAGGGUACAAGAAACUUCACAGGCUUGAGAAAGGGGCUGUGAAAGUUAAAAGUGUGAUGAUCAAGAUAACUGGGACACGAGCAGCACCGUUGAUUUCAUCAAUUGGCCUUCAUUUUGAUCCCUUUUGGCACCCAGAUAGAGAUUAA